CUCAUCAUCAUCCUCAUCAUCCUCGGCCCCCGCGCCCUGGGUAAACCCUCCCUGGCCCACCAGUUCGUGGAGGGGAAGUUCGUGGAGUCCUACGAGCCCACGGUGGAGAGCACCUACAACAAGGUGGUGAUGGUGGGCAAGGAUGACUUCCAGCUGCAGCUGGUGGGCACGGCUGGGCAGGAUGAACACGCCAUCCUGCCCCACUCCUUCAUCAUCAGCAUCCACGGCUACGUCCUGGUGUGCUCGGUGACCUCCCUGCGGAGUUGGGGGAUCCCCAGGGCUGGGGAUGGGUCCCCUGGGAGGGGGGGGACCCCCAAGCUGGGGGAAAGUGCCUGGAGGUCCCCUUGCCCCCACAACUUCCAGGUGGUGAAGACCCUCCACAACAAGCUGUACGAGAGCCGGGGGGAAGACUUGGUAGGUGCUGUCCCUUGUGGGGAGGGGGGAAUCAGGGGACAGGGCCCCCACCCUCCCCAUGCCCGCAGCGUGCCCGUGGUGCUGCUGGGGAACAAGUCAGACCUGGCCCUGCAGAGGGAAGUGAGGACAGAUGAAGGGAAGAAGUUGGCGGAGUCGUGGGGGGCCUUUUUCCUUGAGUCCUCGGCCAGGGAGAGCCAGGUGACCCAGGGGAUCUUCAUGAAGAUCAUCGAGGACAUCGACCGGGUGGACAAUUCCUACGGCAGAUCCAGCGGCUGCUGCCUGAUGUGACGCCCCCAGGACGGGGCACGACCCCCUGGAUGGGGCAGGACCCCCCCCAGGACCUUCGCCCAGCCCUUGGCAGUGGCUUUGGGGG